AAAUCUUAAGAGGUGGAGUGGUGGUUACUCUAGUUUGCUUUGCAGAAACUGAGAGAAAAUGCUGGCAUGUUCCAUGAAUCUGACUCGAUUGUUGCUGACCCUUUUCUCUUUCUCUGCAAUUGCUCGAGUUUCUUCUCAAUGCUCUAUCACCGGGCUACCACUUGUGCGAAAUAUCAGUGAGAUUCCUCAAGAUAACUAUGCCCGGCCUGGUCUUUCUCAUAUGACGGUUGCAGGUUCAUUGUUGCAUGGAAUGAAAGAGGUUGAAGUAUGGCUUCAAACAUUUGCGCCAAGAUCACACACACCAAUUCAUAGGCAUUCAUGUGAAGAGGUUUUUGUUGUCCUCAAAGGGAGUGGCACUCUCUAUCUUGCAUCAGAUUCAAAUGGAAAAUACCCUGGAAAACCAAAGGAGCACUUUGUCUUUCAGAAUAGCACAUUCCAUAUUCCUAUUAAUGAUGUUCAUCAGCUUUGGAAUACCAAUGAGCAGGAGGAUUUACAAGUGCUUGUUGUGAUAUCUCGUCCUCCAGUUAAAGUGUUCAUAUAUGAGGACUGGUCCAUGCCUCACUCUGCAGCAAGGUUAAAAUUCCCUUAUUAUUGGGAUGAGAAAUGUUAUCAAGCACCUAAUCAAAAAGAUGAACUAUAGUUCAUAGUCACAAUUUUUUGUUAAGUACUUUUUUUCAUCUAAUAGUUCAAAAUUGAUAUGACUCUGUUGUUCAGUUUUAUGUGAAUAUUUUUAUCAAGAUAGACUUCAAUGCUUUGCUAUCUUUAGCUGUUAG